GGUGCCGGGGCGGGGUGGCAGAGUCUGGAGGAUACGGCGUCUGCACCCACCCACCCCCGCCUCCCCGCGGGACCCUCCCGGUGAUGAGAGCGGACGACUCGCCCCUCCUACUCGCGGCGGGGCAGGAGUCGCGGGUGCAGCGCCGUGGGGAGGGCAGUGGUCGAGCCGAAUGCCUGUGCACCCCCUCCCAACACUGGGCCCUCUGCCGAGAUUGUCACAUUUUCUGGAUCUUUUUUUGGUCUGGUCCGGCUCUAGGCCGUCCCCUUCUUCCUUCUGAGGAGCACAGCGGAGCCGCUCUCGCGGGAGCCUGGUCCUUAGGGACUGAGUUGCUGACUGGCUGGGGCGGGGAGUUGGGGCGCUGGGCCCCUCCUGUAGGACAGGGAAGUGGCCACCGCUGGCUGAGAGAACAGGCGACCCCAGCUUUGGCCAACACAUACCCGACCCCAUUCUGGCCCCCUGAGGUGCCAUGCACAGGGAGGGGCCUUCAGUCCUAGGGAAGCUGGGCCCCAAGCUGCUGUCUGCCUUCUACUUCCUUCAGGCCUUGGACUGCGUCCCGCCUGAGCACCACUCCCAGCUCCUGUAGUGUGAACCAGGAGUAGACAUGGCUGGAGGGAGGAGGGAUUUGGGGUGAAAACCAGAAAAAUCAAAAGCAGAUCCUGCCUCUUGGCCACAUCCCCGCAGCCGGAAGCCAGAGGGGCCCACCUGGUGGAAGGUGGCUCUGCCGAGGGUCUUCAGGGGUCACCUUCCCUGCAGCGACCCCCACCACCUGGCUGGCCCUGUGUGCAGUGGUCUCUCAGCCUGGACAUGCUGGGCUAGGAGGCAGGGGAACCAAGGUGCCAGUGCGGUGUGGCGGUCCUGGGGCCGGAAUUCCGGCACUUCACUACUCCUCAGCCUACAGCCUUGCCCACUCUCAGGCCUGGCUAUCUGGCUGUGGCAAAGAUCACCGCUCACCUCUGCACCCUGCGUGGACAAGGGCAGGGGGAGCCAUGCUGAAUGUUGUCACCCCUUGCACCAGCCCCCUUGGGAGGGGCCCAGGAGCCGGAAACCAAGAAAGAGGAACGCAGGCUUCCGGCUUCCCAAGGCCCCAGCCAACAAGGCGUCCCAGAACCACCUGCGGGGGCCUCAUCCGGGGCCCACCUCUGGGGCCCCUCGCCACAUGGGGUGCAGGCCACAGGAUUGGCCCAGGGUCCCAAGUUUGGCUAAGGACCUGGACCCCUCUUCCCAGGCCCCCAGGCUGUGGUGAGGGCCUAGGAGCUGGUGUCUCGGAGCCCGGGCAGCCGGUGUCUUCCACCCAUGCCCACCCCACAUGAGGCUGAGAAGCAGCACACCGGGCCUGAAGAGGCAGCGCAGCCUCCGUCCAUGUCUGUCCGCGAUGGGGCCUCUGCGGUGGCCCCUAGCCGCAACCCCUGCUGCCUGUGCUGGUGCUGCUGCUGUAGCUGUUCCUGGAACCAGCAGCGGCGGCGAGCCUGGCAGGCCUCCCGGGAGAGCAAGCUACAGCCCCUGCCCAGCUGCGAGGCAUGUGCUGCCCCGAGCCCAGAGGAGGUGCAGAGCUGGGCACAGUCCUUCGACAAGCUAAUGAACAGCCCGGCUGGCCGCAGCGUGUUCCGCGCCUUCCUACGCACCGAGUACAGUGAGGAGAACAUGCUCUUCUGGCUGGCCUGCGAGGAACUCAAGGCCGAAGCCGAGCAGCACUUGGUAGACGAGAAGGCACGGCUCAUCUAUGCCGACUACGUGUCCAUCCUGUCUCCAAAGGAGGUAAGCCUGGACUCGCGGGUACGUGAGGGCAUCAACAAGCGGAUGCAGGAGCCAUCGGCCCAUACCUUCGACGACGCCCAGCUGCAGAUCUAUCGGCUCAUGCACCGGGACUCUUACCCCCGUUUCCUCAGCUCCCCCACCUACCGCGCCCUGCUGCUGCGUGGAACCCCCCAGCCCUCCUCCGAGACCUAGGCCACCGCCACUGCGCACACCCUGGACCCUGCAGACCCAGCCCUGGUACCCCUACCCAGGGCUCCUGCGCAGUGAGGAGGGCUGGCUGCUGCUGGACAGUCAGCCCUCGCCUCAGCUAGUAUGACCCACUGCCCCCAGAGCCUACACUGGGACUUGAUGUCUGGCGUCCAUGAACUUUAAACCCAAAGGCACAGCCUCACUGUUGGUUGGGAACAAGGAGACAUCUUCAUCUUUA